AUGUCAGCAUCAGAGAAUCGUCGAGAGAAGUUUACCGGCUUGACUCUUGACGACGUAUUAGCCAAAAGGAGAUUAGACAAUCCGGCAACAACACCUAACCAACCACCUCCAUCAAAGAGUCGAACCUUAUUCGACAUUAUCAGAGAAGACGAUACCAACAGAAAAAACCGUAGAUCUUGGAAAUCCUUCAAGGAAAAGCUUCGACUCAAGCGCGCUGGAUCUGCUUAG